GCGUACUAUUUUAGAUCCAAUACAAUUGUGUUAAGGUUCUUUUUAGUAAUAAUUGCGAAUUCGACUUAAUGCACUUUGGCUUUGGCGAGGUGUUGUACUCCCGUUGCGUAGCAACGCUACGUCGCAGGCUCCCGUAGGCGUAGGCGUCUACGCGUGACGUAGGCGGACUACGGGUGACGUAGUCGAAAAUUUCAACCUUUUUGAAGGUCACAGUCUAUAUAUUUAAAAAUAAACUGCACAUAUAUGUUGUGUAACAAAAACAAAGCAUCCUUUCACGCGGCAAGGUCAGCUUUGUUACUAAAAAUCGAAAUCUGCGUGCAAAACGAUAACGCGAUACAUUUUAUCAAAACGUAUCAAGACAUUAGUGUUGAGAUGGAUAUAUACAGUUUUUACACGUGUGAGCGGGACGGAGUUGUAGCAACAAGUCGCGUUCGCGUUAUCGGUAGUGACGUCACGACCCUUUCACUGGCGCGAGCAUUCUCACGACGUCAGUCCACGCGGCUCGGUCACGGCGUCCGCCCGUCUCGCUGUGUUCCUAAAACGACUGACGCGCGUUCCACAUUUAAAAAUUUAAAAAGUUUUAACGGACCUGGAUUCUAAAGAAUUUCGCCAUGGGUGUUAUCAAGGUGUCCCCCGAUACUGCGUCUCUGAUCUCCGUGUGUGACAUGCUCGACGACAUGAAGAGCGAGUCGAGCUACACAUCAUCGGAGGAGGGAUGCGGCGGCGGCGAGCGGCACGCCGUGCUGAGCUACGAGCAGGUGUCGCGGCUCAACGACGUCAUGGACGAGGUGGUGGCCAUCCACGGCCGCGGCAACUACCCCACGCUGCACGUGCGGCUGCGGGAGCUGGUGGCCGGCGUGCGGGCGAGGCUCGAAGCCCCCCAAGCCGCUGGCGGCGCCGGCGUCGCCGUCCGCGACGUCCGUCUAAACGGCGGAGCGGCUUCUCACGUUCUCGCCGAUCGCCCCCAGCCCUACUCCGACAUCGACCUCAUUUUCACCGCCGACCUCCCCACCGCACGCCACUGCGACCGCGUGAAGGCCGCCGUGCUCGGCCACCUCUCCACUCUCCUACCCCCGGCCACCCCUCGCCGUCGCGCCUCCACGGCCGGCCUAAAAGAAGCCUACGUCUCCAAAAUGGUUCGCGUCAACUCUGACGGCGACCGCUGGUCGCUCAUAUCCCUCGGAAACUCCCGCGGACACAAAUCCGUGGAGCUCAAGUUCGUGGACACCAUGCGACGUCAGUUUGAGUUUUCCGUGGACUCGUUCCAGAUCGCGUUAGAUUCGCUACUCGCGUUCCACGAGUGCGCGGCGCUGCCCAUUGGCGAGAACUUCUACCCGACCGUAGUCGGCGAGUCAGUGUAUGGAGAUUUUCGCGAAGCUCUGAUCCACCUAACAGAGAAGUUGAUCGCGACACGCCAGCCCGAGGAAAUCCGCGGCGGCGGCCUGCUUAAGUAUUGCGCGUUGCUGGCUAAAGGAUACAGGGCCGCGCGGCCGGAUCGCAUCAAAACGCUAGAGCGAUAUAUGUGCUCGCGGUUCUUCAUCGACUUCCCCGAGCUCGGCCAGCAGCGCGCCAAGCUCGAGGCGUAUCUACGGAAUCACUUCGUUGGGCGCGAGGAAGAGGCCCUCAAACACCGCUAUUUAACGCUACUGCACGGUGUAGUUCGCGAGUCGACAGUGUGCCUCAUGGGCCACGAGCGGCGGCAGACGUUGGCGCUGAUCGAGCACCUGGCUUGCCGAGAGCUGUGCGCGCGGACACCGGUGCUGCUGGCGCCGGGCGUGGGCGUGGGCGUGGGCGUAGGAGUGGGCGGCUACUACGUGUGCGUGUGCGCGGCGUGUGCGGCGUGCGCGGCGUGCCCCGCCUGCGCCGCGUCCUACUGCCAGUGCUGCCGCCCGCAGCUGUGCCCCGCGUGACCGCGCUAGACCGCCGUGAUCAGAGACACGUGAUUCUUACCUUCUUUAUCGAUCGAUGAAUUUAGUGCCAAAUGUAUAUAAUAAAAAAUAUAUGUAUAUGUAUGAUUCACUGUCCUAUAGGCGAGUGUAUAUAAUGUGUAAUACGCUUCGUAUUCUUGGCUGGAUUUUUAUUAGGAAAAAAUGGGAAACACCAAAGCGAAAAAGACAGGCCGGUAGACUUACGCUUCUUUGGCGAUUGCGAAUAUUUCAGUAGAUAGAAUUGAGUGGCUCUCGAGUACUGUCGCCGAGCCAGCUCGACUUGCCAUUGAACCUCGCGGCCUUCUGAGCCAUAUCGGUAGCUUCAUGUGGAGACAAUUUACCUUGUGUCAAUUCGAAGUUGCUCACUUUACUAGUACACAGAUCAAUUCUCACCAGUCAAUUCUCCCGCAAGGCCUCCACGGUAGUAUCCUGGAAUCUACUAGCUAGUCACUACUGAUCACCAAAGCUUGGUGAAGAGUUUAUCUAACUCUGAUUGGUUAUGAUGGCAGUAUUACUGACUAUUAGUGCCCUAGACUACCCACCCCGCACUCGUUUGCUAAUAAUCUAAUCAACUAUUGUAAUGUUAGCUAGAGAACUAAGCAGAACGUAUUUAGCCAACGCUUGAGGUCAAACGUGAAAUAAUUUCUAGUCGUACUCCUUUCGUGUUGAUAAGUUAAUAUGUUAGCAGUACGAAAAUUAUUUUCCACGAAAUAUAAUGGACGCAUUGUUAGGAAUAAGUCCGAGUCGAUGGUCUGCCUAUAAAAAAGACUAGUUAAUUAUUAUUAAGCUUUUUAUGUAUAAAAUUGUCUCCAUAAAUAAUUAUAGUGGCAUGUCUCUCAAAAAAAACCCCGCUCAAAUGUCAAAGGCGUAACUUUGACUCGAGCUUCAACUAGGACUGCUUUGGAAGAUAACGAUAAUUCAAUGUAGCUACUAAAAGCUAAAUAGAAACAAGUCCGGCCUUGUCGUUGGCCUUUAGAAACGUUUAGUCGGGUUUAGGGACGUACGAACGUUGUUAAACAAAUGCAGACAAGGAAUUAGGCAUAGACUGUCCCCGCGGGGACGGCAGGCGCGGCCGGGACGCACCUUGCUGUCGCAGUCUGUUAAAUUCGUGAAGCGUAAAGCAAAGGUAGAAGAGUUCAGUGCGCGCCCGGCUGCCACGCGAGAUGUACUGAAGACGUAUUUUAUUACUAUGUAUUUAUAUAAUAUAACGUGUAUACAUUUGUCUUGAUCGCUCUAGUAUUGUAUACGGCUUGGCAUACGAGAGUAACAAAUUAAGUUAAUUAUAAAAACAAAAAAGAGAAAAAGCAAAAAAAAAGACUAAGGUGUGUACAAUAUUAAAGUCCACUCUUGUUAUUGAUAGAGAUCCAUUUAUGAAUAUUUUAAGAACAUUUACAAGUCACGUCGAAAGCGUACUUAUGGCGUUUCAACUUUUAACAUUUCAUCAAUUACAGUAAAUAUUGUAGGUGGUAUGAAAACAUGUGAUUUAAUUGUUGUAGAGUAACAUACUGUUGUCGAUGAUUAUACUUACAUACAUUAUAAUGUAGAUUAAAUCCAAUAGAGAGAUGUACUAUUAUUGUUGUAUUUUAAUGAUAUAUAGAUAUACGAAUGAUUGUGUAAACUGUGUCCGGCCAAACGUGCAUGUCUUAGAUAUUUGCCAAUGCAUAUUCAGAUAAAAAAUAUAUGUAUACACAAUUAUUGCAUGGAACUCUUGAAUAGGAAAUAAGAUGUUUACAUAUUUUUGAUUAGUCGAAACGACAUCCAGAGGAAUCAAGUACAAUGGCUCCUAGAGUCACUAAUGUUUCGGGCCUACUCAACAUGGACGAAUCCGACUUGCUCACUAUCGAACCAAAAUUUGAGAUCUCAUUUUUUUUAUUCCCUCAAAAUAUUUCGGAAAUGUAAGAACAUGUUCAAUUUAUUUUUAACUCGUACUUUGUACUGUUCGCGGCCCUUAUCAGGGUCAGCACUGGAUUCAUGAACUUUCAACCCUUCGUUUUAAUGUGGUACCUAUCUCUUAGGGCGUCCGCUGGCUGGCGCGCUAGCACGGAGCGGAGAGCGGGUUAACAAAAAAUAGUAUGAGCACCGCUAAGUGGCGCGGACGCGUGUGAUGGAUUUUACCUACAAACCUAUCUGCACCCGCGCCAGCGAGGGGGGCGCCCUUAGAAGUUAGAGUAAAAGCUGUAAUCACAUCAGAACGGAGGGAAAUUUACACACUGAUAAUACCCAUCAGGCAUACCUAACGAUACCAAAACUUAGAAUGUCAUCGAAUCCAGUGUCCUGUGGCUUUUGCUCUUGACAUGACUUAAGAAUCACGAAUUAUAAAACGCUUUUCGAAUUCUCAACAUUUUAAUUAACGAGAGGUGUAUUGAUAUUAUAAUAUAUCAAAUAUUUAGAAACGUGUCUAUUUCCUAAGUCAUUGAGGGCGAAGAGGAGGAAAAAGGUCCGGUGUCUCCACGUGUUCGUGUCAGUUCUCAAGUCUGAAAUGUCAUUUAUAUAGGUAAUGAUAAGAUUUCAGGUUAACUUCAAAAUGGCGGAGGCGUUUCGAGAAUAUUUUUUGCUCAUGAAUGUUGUUUAAUGUGUACUAUUGAUAGCUUAUUACAUAUGUAUGUGUGCAGCUAAUGAAAAUUUAAUCUUGAAACGCGUCCACUCCUUAAUCAACACCCGGCAAUCCAGCUACCAUUUUAUUUAGAGCAAUCACCGUACAAAGUCAUGCACACUUUUGAAAUCGGCGAAAUCGGUAUAUAAAUUUGGUAGAUCAAAUUUGACGCUGGCACAAUUGUCCCACUGGACAGAUGCCAUUUUUCUUACUGGUCUGAUCUAGGUAAUGAUAAUUUCAUUACGAAGUAUCUUAGACUAAUAGACGAACGCAGUGGGACGCCGGACUAGUAUGUACUUAGAAAUAAAAGAAGUACAUAAUUAUAACUAACGAAAUCUAAACCAUAUUCCAUUUGUACCUAAUAAGUAAGAGUGAACGUAAGGUAAUUAUCACUAGUUAUACCUCUCGGAAUCGAGACAGGCGUCUAAGUUGUGAUUUGUAGUCUUUUCGACAGGUCUUUUAACGUUAUCUAUAUUGAAUAUUAUCAUAUUUUAAAUAACUGUGAUUAUUAUAUCUAUAUUGUAAUCUAUUAUUGGCAGUACCCGGUAUGAACUACCUCCUCGCUUGAACUAAAAUUCUGAUAAAUCGUGCUUGUAUUGUAUUAGAAAAUAUAUUUUAUUACCGCUGUACAGACUCAGAUGAUUAUUCCAUACAUUGUAGGUUUGAAAUAGUACAACUUCAAUCUUCUUGGUAUGGCAAAGUGAAAUUGUAAUGCAGUGCAAAAAAUAUCAAUUGCUACAUAGUUUGACCCGAUUUAGAGAAACGUUUAUAUCCAGGAACUACUGUUGUUUAACAGAAAAUAUUGUAUUUUAAAUUAUAUCAAAAAGAACAAGUAAUUGUGGUAUUUUUGAUUAGAUGAAUGAAUUUGCGAACGGCGAUGUCAAUGCCAUUGUUCAAAUAAAAAAAGAAAAUACAAAUUAUUCGGCCAGUAUUUUUAAAACUGAACUUUAUCACUUUGACUUAAAAAUGAUUACAUUCUGUAAUACAUGUUGUGAAUGUUGAUUACAGUAAUCAACUUUCAAGGUCAUAUCUGGCACUUCGCACUAGAUUAAUUUCAGCAAUAGCUCUUCCGUGGAAAUAUUUCGUGACGCUUCCAUGAAAUAGUCUAAAUGUUUUGGAAAUGUUUUUGCAAACGAGAGACAUUGCGGUUUAUUAUAGGGUUUUAUUUUUCUAAAGUUACCAUCAGUUUUCAGCUAGCCUUUCUGUGUAAUGGUUAAUUUUAUAUUGUGCACGUCACGGGGCGUCUGCGUACUGAGUUUGUUUGACUAUUUGUAUAUAUUGUAGGGGUAGAAAGAGAUGAGGCAACAUUUUGUUUGAUCUAAUGUGAGACGAAUUGUUUUUGUCGAUUUCCUUUUAAAAUGGAUUGUCCGUUCUGAAUGAAUUCAUUUUCGACAAUCUACGUCUUUAUAUUUGAUUAUAAACUUCAAAUUAAUCACGAAUUUUACUGUAAAAGUAAUAUUCCAUAUGAUAUUCUCCUGAUCUGUGUCGUAAUAUAAAGCCGUACUUUGUAACGCAAGCACGUUUGACGUGUAAACCCGGUUUUGCAUUUAAAGUAAUAUGAUAUACGAUGGAAAACGCCAUUAGCUCCUUAACCGAUGCAUUUAUAUCAUUUGCUCAUUUCGCAAUUGAAAGCUUUGCAAUUCAAAUUUAGAAUUCUCAUUACCUAUAAUUUAAAAAUAUAAAAGCCAGUUUUUGGGCUGAUUUGGAUGGUAUUUGAUCUGUUGGGACCCGAUUUAAGAAGGCUAUAAAUGAUGAAUGUGUCUAAAUCCGCUAGGUAGAUUCGGUAUUGGGUUAAGGAAGGGUUUGCGAGUUGUAAAAGUAUUCUUUAGUAGUGUAGAGUACGCAGGCGCCUAUACAAAGGCGUGCCUUAGUGGAUUUCUUGAUUGAAACAAAUGGCAGGGACACGGUGAAAUGCCACUUUGUUGAAGACAUGGCAUAGAUCGUAUCGCUGCCAUUUGUCACCUUGGUUGGGUUAUUCGUACUACUUUUUUGGUAAUGUUGCCACAGUUAAGGUCAGCCAGGGCUUUUACAACUAGGGGACAAAUUCAACUACUCUAAAAAAUACAAGAAGUUAGUCUAGAGCUAGAGAGAGCCAAGUUCCAAGGGUGAACUCUCUUUUAUGACUGGCGAAAGUGUGCCAUGAAUACUCUAGCGCUAGACUUCUUGUAUGUUUAGAAUAGUUGAAUUUGCCCCAUAGCUGUCAAUUGCCCUGGCUAAGAUUACCGAUUACUGUCCCAAGUUUGAGUAUAAAGUUAAACUUUUGGUCUUGCCAAUCUUGGGGUGUUAUCGGAGAUAGGAGUGGUACAGGUAAUCGAUUAACAUAAUCAAUGAAUACAAAGUUUGUAUCAUUCGUGUUAGAUCGAGAAUUCUUGAUCUUUUUUUUUGUGUGGGUGUUUUUUUACAAUAUCUUUAAAACGUAAAAUAGCAUUUCAUUAAAUGCAGGUAUUAUUGUAAUAUUCUUGGUUUAAAACUUUCCUACGCCUCGAUUCGAACUUUAAGAUACGUCAAAUAUUACGUCUAGAUACGAUAUGGAUAGGGUAUGUCAUACAUAUGCGAUCCAUAUUGUAUCUGUCGUAUUUGAUUAUAUCUUAAAGUUAAAUCGGUUCUAUUCAAAUCGCAAAUAUUCCCUUCAGCGUUUCUUUAAAAAAAGUAGCAUCGAAAGUUACUGUUACUCUAACCUUCUUGAAACCUUACAGAUUGUACUCUUAUAUGCAAAUGAUCUUUAAAAUUAUUUUACUACUACAUUAAACCGCCCUUUUCAUCCUUAACACAUUGCAAAUAUAAUUGUUAUAUACAAAUGGCAUAUUCUGUUUUUCACUAAAUCUGAUGAAUAAAAUUAUUUUUUAACCUACGGAUCAAGAAAGCCCCAAUUCUCGAUGAACUCACACGGAGGCGUACUCUGAUUAUAAUAACAGGUUAUGUAUUGGAUCUGGUAAAAUAUGAUUGUGAAAAGUGACGUUCAAAGGUUGAAUAAAUGUCACUUUUGACAUUGAGAGAGAAUCCAUAACAAAACCAGUCCAAAAUCAUAACCGGUUACUAAAUCAAACGCCUUAAGGGGCCCAUUUCUCGAGCGGUAUUAGUCUAACAUUAUUAGUGCGUUGCCAUGGUAACCCAUACAACUUGACAGGGGCCUAUUUCUCGAUCGGUAUUAGUCUAAUAUUAUUACUGUGUUACCAUGGUAAACCAUACGACUUGACAGUUAGUGGACUAAUAAUAUUAGUCUAAUAUCGUUCUAGAAAUGGGCCCCAGUUCGUGGACUAAUAAAAUAUUAGUCUAAUAUUAUUAGUGCGUUGCCAUGGUAACCCAUACAACUUGACAGGAGCCUAUUUCUCGAACGGUAUUAGUCUAAUAUUAUUACUGUGUUACCAUGGUAAACCAUACGACUUGACAGUUAGUGGACUAAUAAUAUUAGUCUAAUAUCGUUCUAGAAAUGGGCCCCAGUUCGUGGACUAAUAAAAUAUUAGUCUAAUAUUAUUAGUGCGUUGCCAUGGUAACCCAUACAACUUGACAGGAGCCUAUUUCUCGAACGGUAUUAGUCUAAUAUUAUUACUGUGUUACCAUGGUAAACCAUACGACUUGACAGUUAGUGGACUAAUAAUAUUAGUCUAAUAUCGUUCUAGAAAUGGGCCCCAGUUCGUGGACUAAUAAAAUAUUAGUCUAAUACCGUUCGAGAAAUGGGCCCAAGGUCUUGUUUGUCAUAGGAUUUUUAAAAGUACGGAUAACCCAACUCGGUGGUUCCACAAGCACGCAAUGCCGACUAGUCGCUCAUAUGUUACCCGCGACGGUCGGCAUACGGACUCUCUUUAAGAUACGAGUAGCCUAGCACGUAGCCUAGUUUUAUCAAAUAUAUUUACAUAGUUAUUACUUUCUUCCGUCGCCCACUCCGGGCCGAGCUACACUGUUGUUGCGAUGUUUAAUAUAAGUACUAUAUUUGUGAGGAGUUUUAAGAUUGUAAAUUUUACAGAAAAUUAAAUAAAAAUGUUGUGAAAAUAAAUUAUAAAAAAGUGAUAAACAGUGA